AUGAAUGGGCUAUUGUGCCAGUAUAAUUCAUUGGGCGGAGUGCCCACUCCUGACAUUCUGAAUGUCCUCUCUCCCGCCCUGAAGGCCUAUUAUUCUGAAAACGCAUGGGAUUCUAUUUUACGGACACACAUCCGCUCUCGGAUUCAAGACGCCGAUAUCGCCACCUCAUUCCAUCAAACCAUAGUUCAGCCUUUAGAGCUAUGUUUCUCGACCAUAUCGAUGUUCAAUGCUGACGAAGCUUUAUGUUUUUCCAUUCUCGAAGAAACUGUGGAGUUGUGUCCAGCCACGUGUCUGUCCAGCCUUAUUGAUAGCAUCGAGCGGAUGUCUCCGACGCUUCAAAAGGUGUUUUCUUUGGAUUUGCUUGCCGUUUUGCAACUGUAUAAUGCAGAAGAGGGGAGUCAACAUUAUAAGCUAUGGGUGUCUUUUUUGUCCACCAUUGAGACGCUUGUAAAGCAGUGCUCCUCGGACGCUUUGAUCGGAAAUUUAACAUCGCAGUCCGAUUCAAUGGAGCCUUCAUUCAACUAUCCAUGGCACUAUUUGUACUCGCAGGACCUAUUUAUGCAUCAGGACCCAUGCGAAGAUGUCCCGGAGCAAAAAAAGAAAAAGACCAUUGUAAAGGAUGAGUCCGCGUUCAUAUCGAUCAUAGAGAGGCUUUUUUCAGAAGCAUCUUGUUCGCCGUUUUGGUCGAUCACAAUCGACGAGAUACCAAUGAGUAGGGCUAUUGAUUCCUUGAAAGACGACGAGAAGGCUUGGGUGAAAUGGAGGGCAUCUGGUUCGCAUGGAAUUCCGAAAUACGACAGCGAACUGCAAGUGGAGCCGGUUUCUUCGGAUUCGCCUUGCCCCGUUGACCAGCCUAGCUUUGGGUUUGUCAAAUGCGACUAUUCAUUCCUUGGAAGCGAAGCCAGUGGCAAAAUGGCAAAGCCAAAUUUAUCAACGCACCUGUCAAUACUAAAGGAUGAAGAUCCAAGCGAUAGAGAAGGUCUUUUCCAUGAUCCGGUAUCGAUUACGUUUAUGUUCAACUGUAGUUAUAGUGGAGGAUCAACAUACGAUUUACUGCUUCAAUCGAUCGGUUCCAAUGCCAUUGAUGCCGCCUCCGCAACAAGUGAAGAAGUGUCCGAUCCAAAGCUGGAAGACGAGUUUCGUGGAAGUGAGGUUGGCAUCUUGUAUUCCAAAGUCAUGAAAAUGUAA